AGAUCCAGCGCUAACGCACGGGAGCGCAGACGCAUGCAGAGCAUGAACGCAGCUUUCGACCGCUUGCGUGACGUCAUCCCAUCUUUUGGCGGAAACCGGAAGCUCUCCAAAUACGAAACCCUCCAGAUGGCGCAGAGUUAUAUCAACGCUUUAGAAGAUGUUCUAAAACACUAA